AUGGCAGAGAAGGGCAUGGAUCCCACGUGCGUCUCCAUUGCCCUGGAGGACACAGCGUGCCACGCCAGCCCCCCGGACGCCCCGCUCCUCACAACACACCUGAAGAAGGUGGAGAACCAUAUCACGGAGGCCCAGAGGUUUUCCCACCUCCCCAAGCGCUCGGCCGUCAACAUCGAGUUCAUCGACCUGUCCUACUCCGUGCGCGAAGGCUCCUGGUGGAGGAAGAGAGGGUACAAGACUCUCCUGAAAUGUCUAUCAGGGAAGUUCUGCCAGCGGGAGCUUAUCGGGAUCAUGGGGCCCUCAGGCGCCGGGAAGUCCACCCUCAUGAACAUCCUGGCUGGUUACAGGGAGACCGGCAUGAAGGGCCAGAUCCUGGUGAACGGCCGUCCGCGGGACCUGCGCACCUUCCGCAAAAUGUCCUGCUACAUCAUGCAGGACGACAUGCUCCUGCCACAUCUCACCGUGCUGGAGGCAAUGAUGGUCUCUGCUAACCUGAAACUGAGUGAGAAGCAGGAGGUGAAGAAGGAGUUGGUCAAUGAGAUCCUGACGGCUCUGGGGCUGCUGGAGUGCUCCUACACCCGCACCAUCUCACUGUCUGGCGGCCAACGCAAGCGCCUGGCCAUCGCCCUGGAGCUGGUGAACAACCCUCCAGUCAUGUUCUUCGAUGAGCCCACCAGCGGUCUGGACAGUGCCUCCUGCUUCCAAGUGGUUUCCCUGAUGCGGUCGCUGGCUCAGGGCGGGCGGACCAUCAUCUGCACCAUCCACCAGCCCAGUGCCAAGCUCUUUGAGAUGUUUGACAAGCUGUACAUCCUGAGCCAGGGCCAGUGCAUCUUCAAAGGCGUUGUGACCAACCUCAUCCCCUACCUGAAGGGCCUCGGCCUCCACUGCCCCACGUACCACAACCCUGCCGACUUCAUUAUUGAGGUGGCCUCAGGAGAGUACGGAGAUCUCAACCCCGUGUUGUUCCGCGCUGUCCAGAAUGGCAUGUGCACCAUGGCCGAGAAGAAGAGCAGUCCUGAAAAGGCAGAUUCAUCGUGCCCAGCACACUGCGUGGGGGAUGUGGACCACAUCGAGAGUCACACUUUCGCCACCAACACCACGACCCAGUUCUGCAUCCUCUUCAAGAGAACCUUUAUCUGCAUCCUGCGGGAUACGGUGCUGACCCACCUGCGGUUCAUGUCCCACAUCUGCAUCGGGGUGCUCAUUGGGCUGCUCUACCUGCACAUCGGCAACGAUGCCGGCAAAGUCUUCAACAACACUGGGUUUCUCUUCUUCUCCAUGCUCUUCCUCAUGUUUGCCGCACUGAUGCCCACCAUCCUCACCUUCCCGCAGGAGAUGUCCGUGUUCCUGCGAGAGCACUUGAACUACUGGUACAGCCUGAAGGCCUAUUACCUGGCAAAGACCAUGGCAGAUGUGCCUUUCCAGGUGAUCUGCCCCAUCGCAUACUGUAGCAUCGUGUACUGGAUGACGGGCCAGCCUCCUGAGGCCACACGCUUCCUCCUCUUCUCUGCCCUGGCCACAGCCACGGCCCUGGUGGCCCAGUCCCUCGGGCUUCUCAUUGGAGCGGCUUCCACUUCCCUGCAGGUGGCCACCUUCGUGGGACCCGUCACUGCCAUCCCCGUGCUGCUCUUCUCAGGCUUCUUCGUCAGCUUCAAGACCAUCCCCACUUACCUGCAGUGGAGCUCCUACGUCUCCUAUGUCAGGUAUGGCUUUGAGGGUGUCAUUCUCACCAUCUACGCCAUGGAGCGCGAGGACCUGGAGUGCCUCGAGGACUUCUGCCCUUUCCAAAAGCCCAUCAAGAUCCUGCAGGAGCUGGAUGUGGAGGAGGCCAAGCUCUACCUGGACUUCCUCAUCCUGGGCAUCUUCUUCAUCAUCCUGCGGCUCCUGGCUUACCUGGUCCUCAGGUACAAAGUCAAGUCAGAGAGAUAA